CUUCCGUAUUUAUGUUUUCCAAUCGACUGCAGAAAAAUCAUUAAAAUGAACAAAGAUUAUCAUUCAGCUCAAGAAGAUUUUGAUGUCAUCAUUAGAAAGUUAACACCAUGGGUUUUGUCUAAUUUUGUGAUGUGGUUGGAUGUAAAAGUAGCAGAAUAUAAGAUAUUUGGGUGCAUUUUAAAUGAAGCAGAAAAGGACAGAGCAAGUUCUUAUGUAAUUGGAAUCAGUCAAUCCAGUACAAACACUAACAAGGAACAAUUUCAACAGAAGGAAUCAUCAUUAUAUUCACAAACAAUAACUCCAAAGUUAUCAACUAAGAUUCUUCGACAAUGUCAUAACAAGGAACACAGGGAUUUAGGAAAUGAAACGGUUGUAGAGCAUGAACAUUAUCAAAACUCUUCUAGAAGAACAAACAAUCACAAGCAGGGUAGGGAAGAGCACAUUUUUCAAACUGCAUACCAAAAGCAAAUCAUACAUCAACAUGGAGAAGAAAAACUUCAUGGAGAUUCUACAGCCAUUUCCACUACCGGUAAUUCAAUAGAAUAUAUUAACUUGGACAGUGAAGAUGAAGAAGAAUCUUUAAGGGGAGAUAAUUCAUUAGAAGUUAAUUUGAUAAGAGAUCCUAGAUUCUGUAAAGAAGUUGAAGAAAGGCUUGCAAUUCAUGAACAACAUCUAACAGGUUCUGUAUCUGUUAUAAAAUUAGAACUUCCAGAUAAUAUUGGUAAUUUUGAACAGCAGAAGCAGGAAGAGUUCCCAAUUAAUACUACUUUACAAUGUCUACGUGAGAAUUCAGGUAGUAUAAACAUGGAUUCAAGUGAAAUUAUUAAAUCAAAAGAAGAAAAACCUAUUGUUACAUGUGAUUAUACUGAAGGCGGCAACACAGCUCGAACAACCCCAGCAGAAAACAGUAAAGAAGAAAAUAGACAUGUACUGAAAGUGUUUACUGACAUAUCAUAUCCCUGUGAUGGUUUCAACAUGUGUAGUACAUGUUUUGGCUUAUUUGGGUCAGUAACAGAAUUACAGAACCAUUUUAAAAUGGACCAUCCUGGUAGUGUAAUGCUUUCAACUUGUAUUUAUUGUGGGGACAGUUUCUCGAGCAACGUUCUAUUGAAGCAACAUUUUGUGACUUGUCAUAUGGGUAAACAUGACUUCACAUGUAUGUUGUGUGGAAAGUCAUUCAAACAGGGACAGCAUUUCAGAGGACAUUUAAACACACAUCUUGGUGUGCAGGCUUUCAAGUGUAAAACAUGUAAAAAAUCAUUUACAUAUAAAACUCAUUUGACUGUCCAUGAAAAGCAGUAUCAUAGUGGAAGCUUUAGUGGAAAAUUUGAAUGUGUCAUAUGUAAACGUAGGUAUCUUAAGAAGGUUCAUUUAAAUGAGCAUAUUCGUGGUUUUCAUGGAAAAGCAAAGCCAAGAUAUACAUGUGAAUUUUGUAAUGAAAAAUUUGUAUGGAGAGGAUCGUUUAUUAAACAUAAAAAGGCAAAAUGUACAAAAAAUCCAAAUAGAAUGUAAAAUGUCAAUAUAUAUAUACUAGGCAAUAAUUUAUAACUGCAAUCUUGUUAAAUAUUAUUUUACUAAUCUAAGUUAGAAUCGUGCGCUUACUACUUAUAGGACAUGAAGAAAGAUCUGUUAGUAUUUACUUAAGGGCAUACGAUACAGUUACAGGGGAGGUAAUGAUGUUGCUAACGUAAAAUGUUAUUUUCGUGACGUCAAACUGUGACAUAUUGGGAAAAGAUGCAUUUUUCGACUGAUUUUAUCAUUCAAACUGAAUUAUUUUAAAAACGAGUUCAUGGACCCUAUUUUUUAAAACAGCAAUUUGUUUCAUUUUGCAGGGAGAUCUUAUGACCCAAAUUUUAUAAAACUGUAAAUAGAGGAAUUUUUUUUAUUUUGAUAAACAUGCA